AUGGCCAAGCGCCGUAAGCCAAGCGAGAUUCUCACAGGCUUUUCAACAGCCAAAGCCCAUGCCAUUAAGCAUGCAACGAGUCAAAUUAUAGAGCUUCUGGAUACCAAGGAUCACACGGCGCAUAUUUCAAGCUCCGUGCCGCUCCAUCAGCCUUUAUUUAAACCUUCACCUUCCGAAGUUUGGAUUGAUGAAUACACGCCAUUUGAGCCACUCAGUAUCAAACUCCGCUUUCGUAACUGCGACACUGUCGUGCGUCGCUUAAAAAUUGAGACUCCACGCUCUCCAUUUUACCGCGUUCGACCGUGGGAUGCUGGAAACAAAAAGGAUUGUGCUAAGUCUACCCCAGUCGACGGGAAGGUGGCUGCGGGAAUGGAAAUUGUUUUCGUUCUUGAGUUUCUUCCACAUGACGUGACCGAUUACUCGCUGGAUCUUGUGUGCUGCACGGAGCGCGAGCGGUUCCUAUUGCCUGUUCGAGUGCAGGGGCGCUUCGCAGCAUUAGACUUGCCGGACAAGCUCGACUUCGGCAUUUGCCCCGUUAAGAUGCCCACGACUCGCGUUCUGACUGUGCGAAAUGUAGGGACGCGCGGCGCUUCAUUUGUAUUUAAGACGAGUGAGCACUUUCGCGUCACUCCGUCUAGUACGACCUUGACCCAACGGGCUGCUGUGCAGAUUGAAUUGAGUUGUAUUCCGCCAUGUUUGGAGUCAGGUGAAGGCGAACUUGAGGUAAGUGACAGUACCGGUCAAACGGCUGUCGUCCGUCUAACAGGUCGCGUGAUUGAGGUUGACCUGUUCUUGAGUCAACGAUUGGUGGAGUCUAGCGCAACGUAUUUGUCACUGUCGUCUUGCAAAACAGUAAAGAUCUGCAACGAGUCCGAAUACGCCCUCGAGUUUUCUUGGAAAUCAUUUGCAGAUGCUAGCCGGGAGGAAGAAGAGCGGUCCUACUUACUCGACGAACUCUCCCGAAUGGAAACAGCAGAGCGCGAGAAACUACAACUGCAACUCGGAGAGACUGACGAUGUAGACUCGAGAUGUACACACUCGCCAUUUGACGUGCGAAAGGCCUUGGAUACAAAGUACAGGUAUCUGCGUAAGGCAAGCCUUGACGAUUCGAUGCAAUUCGUGGAUGCGUGCUUCUCGAUCUCACCAUUAAGUGGGCGGGUGUGGGCACAUUCCGAGGUUGACAUAGUCGUUUGUUUCAAACCAGAUAUUGCUCGUUCGUACUCCUGCCGUGCCUUCUUAGAAAUAGCAGGGAAGGCCGCCCGACUCCCUCUACAACUGACAGGAAAGGGUAUUGGUCCAAAGGUGGAAAUCGUCUACAAUGAGCAUCUGGAUUUCGGCGAUAUAUUUAUUAACGAAGAACGUACCCGCAACUUCACGAUUCAGAACAAAGGCGAGAUUUCAGCUGAUUUUGAGUUGAUUUCUGUAACAAUGCCUGCUAAUAUGAGUAUAACGGUAAGUCCAGAUCAUGGUACUCUAGCAGUCAAUACUAUGCUUAAAAUUGAGGUCACCUUCAGUUCCCAAGAGCUAGGCGAAGUCUUGCAACCAAUUUGUUUUGGCUUGAAAGGCUCCGACGAGCAACUUAAAGUACGCAUGAAAGCGCAGGUGAUCCCUCCCAUCCUUCGAUUUAAUGUUGACCAAGUGAAUUUCGGUGCGGUCUCGUAUUCAUUUUCUCAGUCUCGAUCGAUAAAGCUCGUCAACACCUCAAAUAUUGCAUUAAGUUAUUCUAUAUGCAUUCCGGAAGAAGCGAAAUACAAGCAAAAAGAAUUUAAGGUGAAUCCGUCGGACGGCAAGCUUGGUCCAUACGAGGAAGAGCAGAUUACGAUCCAUUUCAUGUCUCUUAACGUUAAGGUGUAUCACUACCAGCUUGUUGUUGGCGUCAUUGGUGUUGGAGCCGACUUGCUUGCUAUCCCAAUCAAUGCUCAAUGCCUUGUUCCUGAGCUGACAGUUCUCGAACGUGAGCUCGAUUUUGGCCGAUGUUUUCUUCGUUACCCGCACAAACAAAUGCUGGUGUUGGAAAACAAGUCCUCCUUCUUAUUUGGACGCUUUGAAAUCGCAGAGCAAGAUAGUUAUUCUCGUGCCAUUGCCACUUAUACCGCUAGCCAAUUAUCUGGCAAAGUAAGCCCAGGAGAACAAGUGCCAAUAGAAAUCUCAUUUUUGUGCGAAAAAGUUGGUAGCAUUCGACUCUCACUGACGAUCAAUGUUCUAGGGAGCACGGACGUUCCCCUUUCUGUGAUCUUAAGCGCUGCUGGUUCUGGUCCGCAAGUUGAAUUGGACCAAUCUCAGAUUAACUGGGGAAACUGCUCUUGCCUUGUUGAUCAUGAGCGAAUCCUUCGUAUGACUAAUGUAUCUGUCAUUCCAGCAAUUUUUAAAACAUUUACUCGUGAGGCUUGCUCCAAAUUCCAGAUCAAUCGAUUGGAAGGAGUGCUGAUGGCUAAUGAAAGCUUAGAUUUGGUAAUUGUAGCUAAUAUGGAUGAUACUGUGGCGUAUAAGGAUCAAUUACACAUUUUAAUUAAUGAUGGAGACAGCCUUGUCGUACCCUUGUCAAUUUCAGGAACAGGAACGACGAUAUGGUCGUCAAGUGACUUUCGAGAAAUCGACUUCAAGUACCAAUUGACGAGCAAAGUGUGUGAGUGGAGUUGUACACUCGAAAACAGGGGGAAGCGUGUGCAGGUGCUUUCUUGGAUAAGUCAAGCAGCAGCAUCUGAUAAACGCAAAAUCAGCUCUACCAAAACCCAAGGAUUUUCGAAGAAAUCGAGAAGUGAACAGCGAAAUCCGUCAAAUAAUAAUCAAUGUGAAGGUAUUAAUGGAGAAGACCGGGCAAAACCUGUUUUUUCAAUCUUUCCAAAUACAAUUGAGCUAAAGCCACGCACAGCGUGUGUUUUUGUAUUCAAGGGCCUGUCAUCUUCAGCUGGACUGAUAGAAGAAAAACUUACGUGUGAGACACGUGUGGGGAACGAUAAAGUCAGCACAGUUUCAUUUUUAACUUUGAUUCGGGCAAAAUUCGUCAAUCCGAGACUAAUUUUCUCAUCGUCGUUUUUGUCUUUCGAGUAUAUCCACCAUCCUGGGAGUCAAAUUAAAACAUUGUCGCGUUCUCUCUGCCUCACCAAUGAUUGCGAACUCCCAUUGUCCUUCAAACUUCACACGCAGAUGCCAUUUGCACUCGAUUGCUGGGAGGCAUUAUUACAACCUGGCGAAAAGCUUGAUUUGAACGUGGUAUUUCAUCCGGGAUUUAAGGAUGACCACAUUUGUCGAGUUAUCAAUGGAAAGGUUAUAGUAGUCUAUACAGAUCACCCUCAAAAGGAUAGUGUUGAUCUUAUAGGCGACAUCAAUUUUCCAAACCUUUCCUUCGAGACGACCAACAUCGACUUCGGCUGCACACUCAACGAUACACAAAAGUCGAUUUAUAUGAAUGUGACAAAUGUAUCGAGAGUAGACACAAGUUACAGAUGGAUUUUUGUUGAAAAUGAGAAAGAUGUGUCAUCAAUCAAACCAUACAUUCCUAUCAAUCAAGUUUUUGAUAUCUUGCCGAUUUGUGGGCGAUUAAGGCCCAACGAGAGUGAAAAAAUUGAAUUUGUAUAUUUUGGGCAUGCUGACCGUAAAUUCAGGAGCAUUGUGGCAUGUGAAAUUGAAGGUGGGCCCGAAUACGAGCUAAUGCUGUCGGGGGAGGCGUCGUCUAUAGCUUACGAGCUGGAUAGAAAUUUUCUCAAUUUUGGCCAAGUAUUUUACAGCAAAACACAUAGUCGCGACUUUCACAUUUUGAACGUCGGCAAAGUUCCUUUUUCUUUCAAAUUAAUUGUCAACGAGACCGCACGCAGAAGGACGUGUGAGUUCUUCCCGACCACUGGGACUAUUGCUUCCAACGAAAGGCAACGCAUCAUAGUGCGCUUGCGACCUGGAAUUCCGGAGUUUUUCGAUGAAAACAUUGUGAUUAAACUUGCCCACUUUCAACCUUUCCCAUUCAAACUCUUCGGUUGUGGAACAUUUGCUGCAGUCACACUCAAUUUGCCGCGCGAGAACGACCAGGUCAAUGCUAUGUAUGAUGGUUUUGCGACGUGGAAAGAGUUACAAUUGCGAGCAAGGCUUGAUCUUGAGCAGAAACUGCUCAAACCAGCCCGUACGGCGAACACAAAUCGACAAUUACUUGAUGAGAGUGCAAUCUUAAUACAGUCUGACUUACAACUGACCAAAUCAAGCGCACGUGCAGACAAUGGGCUUGCGUUAUCCAGAACAAAGAUAUCUCAUCAGCGUGGUGAAGUACCCGGCAGUCCGGCUUGUAGUAUUACGACACCUGAGGCUGACGAUUUGGAUGUUGAAUUCGAAGCGUGUCGCUUAUUUUUUUCGAAUUUCAUCAUAGCACAAGAAAUGGCUAAGGCCAACAUGACGAGUAUCGAGCCAAAAGACGUCAACUUAAAAGAAGCAGAGGAGAUAAAGACGGGGUCCAGGCGUUCUACUAAUUCUCCGCGGCCACCUUCGUCCAGAUCUAAUAUCAAGGCAAAGGCGAAACGCGAGCUUGAAGAACUAUCGUUUGUUUUGUCUCAAUUUGUAUUAGACUAUGGAAAUGUUGUCGUGGGAGCACAUAAUAUCAAACGAUUCAAUGUAACUAACAUCGGUCAUGGCCCAGCUUCUUUCCAGAUCGAUCAAGAUUUAGCAAAGGCAAAUGGGAUUCAAAUUGAACCUGAACGAGUGGUGCAAUUACCCCCGAAACAGUCGAUUGAAUUGAGCGUUAAAUUUAGCGCCUCAAAGUCUAUUGCUUUGGGUAAGUUUGAAGCGCAACUUUCAAUUUUAGUAAAGAACGGACCCCCCUGCACUGUGGUGGUCCGCGCUGUAGUCACAGUGCCAGAGAUUGAAAUUUCCACGGAACAUCUCGAAUUUGGCAAGAUAGCUGUCGGGAUGUGUCGUACGAUCUAUACCCAGAUGCAGAACGUGUCCCAUGUGCCUGCCGAAUGGGUCUUUAAAAAGCCGAUGGGUUCAAUGAAGGAUGUAAAAAAUUUUGACAUUACCCCACGCAGAGGACUUUUACCCCCGGGGUCCAAAAUGAACAUAAAAAUUGAUUUUAUUCCGGAUAAAGAGCGCCACUUUUAUUUAAGGCUUCCAAUCAAAGUUUCUUCAGAUACCAAAACGCGAUCGAUUGUGUGCCGUGGAGAGGGUUCUGAGCUGCGCAUUUCUUUUCACCCGCCUCUAGUUGAAUUUGGUCCCGUGCUUCCUUGUUCCCCGCCAGAGGAGCGGCAUGUGGAGAUAUGCAAUGACUCUGAUUACGCGGUUGAAGUAUUCUCAUUGGAUUUUGACUCCGCGUACCAGCAUGAUGAAGCUCAACUGCAAUCCUUAAACGCUUUCACCUCGGAAAAGACGCUGCGAUUGCCGGUCCGCGUUCCAGGAACAUCUUUAGCGGAAUACGUGGCUGACAACAUUUUAAUCCCCGCACACAUAUCUGAUGUGGGUCAAUCAGAUGCCGACCCUGCUAAAUUAAGGGGAACAAAUGAUCUCACUUCGAAGGAGAAUAGCGAUUUUGGAGAAACAAUCUUGUCGUCAAACGGCUUUGCGGACUUUCAUAUUAUACCAAGGAAAGGCAUCGAUUACAUUGUGGUCGGGCCUUCGCAAUGCGGAAGGUCAACACAAGCUUGCCUUCUUGCUGAAAAGGAGUCACUGGUUGUAUGGACGAUAGAUGGCGCAAUUCAGUCAGUUUGUGUUGCCAAAGGCCCUUUAGCAGAUGCCAUGCGUGAAGCGCUCGGCGUCAGUCCCGUUGCAAUUGACCCUAUGCAUAUAGAGAUGCCAAAAUUGGCUGAUGAUUUUGCGCAAGGAGAGACAUCACGCCAAACCACUUCUGAAAGGCUUGCUUAUUUAUUACACCACGUUAUCUUGUGGAGAAUGGCACAACCAGAUAUGAAAAAAGGCAGUGUUUUGGACAGUUUUGAAAACUCAUUCUUGAGUUUUCAAGAAACUCUGCAAUGCUACUUCAAACCUCUUCUAGCGGUCAGAGUUAUUGUACUGAGUUUUGACGAAGACACGUACGAGUCUCUGUGUGCGUUGACCACAAGCCAAAAAUUUAUAGCUGAUAGCACUGCCUCUAACGCGCCAUUGACUUCAAAUAAUGACUUGACUCUAAAGUCUUCAUUACUCAAUGACGCAAAUGGUGUUACAGAAAAAUUAAAUGCGCAAAAUGCGGAAAAGAGCGGUUGUAACGAAGAUAAUACAAUUAAGACAGAAGAUCAAAAGCAUUUAGAGUUAGCUUCGAGUCAAAAAGUAACGCAGGAUCUAGUCACUAAGAGUGGUGAACCCGUCGAAGCUGAAUUCUACAACUCAUUCGAAAGCACUCGUCCAGUACAAAAGGUGAUAUGGGAUUCGGCGAGCCCACAAGCUGCAAAUAUAUCUAAGCCUGCUACCUUUCUGGAGUACUCACUAAUAUUGCAAGACAUGAAAUGCCAACUAGCUUCCUUGAUAAUGCAUGACAAAGCAGCCUUUGGUCAACCCCAAGGCGAAGACAUUCAGGCAGAGGAUUUGUGGGCGAAGGCGAGCGAAGUUUUCACCCUAGACAACUAUGUAUUGGAAAUUUCUAUUAAAAAAGCUGGUCCACCGCACAUUCUCCAUAGCUUGAUCAUGUCUGCUAUUGAAAAUUUUACCCAAAAUUGGAAGUGUAGCCGCUUGCCAAUCCCUACCACUACAACGGUUCAGUUAGUUCAAUCUCCCCCAGAACGACUUCCUCGAAAAAGUGUCGCUAAAUUUUCUCUACGAUCAGCGAAUACGGUAUCUUCACACAAGCUGGAAGUGAACAGCGACAUUUAUCAAGAGGCUGCUGAAGCAAAUGGUCCAAAUAAAUAUUUGACGCGAUCCGAAUUGAAUGAACAAGAUCUGGUGGUUACGACUACAGAUGCGAAUCCACAGACAGAAAGAUGUAUAGUACAGUCAAGUUGCGUAAACAGUAUUGGAAUUCGGGCAGCUUCUGAAGUAUUAAGCUCGGAGUCGCGAUCAUGUUCCCCUUCAAUAAGCCGGUGGAUUAUUGCUCCGCACUCGAGCGUCGAUGUACUUGUUUUAUUUGCUUCUACUGAUGUUGGAAUUUUCGACUGCAGUUUGGGAUUUGAAAUCGUAGGAAGCCAGCAUGAGUUUAAUUUACUCUGUCGUGGAAUUUGCGGUGUACCGACCAUAAACAACGAGCCUAGAAAUGUCUUCAUGCACCGAGUAAAAACUCGCUCAGAUGAUCACUUUGUCCGUAAAAAGUUUGUGACUUCGAGAAAUCAGUUUGAAUUUGGACCACUUGUUGUCAACAAUCAAUGUGCGGAACCACCACAAACACAGCAAGAUUUUAUAGAGUGGCAAAAAACGAGUCCAAACAAUGUCGAAGUGUUUCGGAUAUCCAACAGCAGCCAAUAUCCUAUUUACGUCGAGUUAGUCUUGAAAUUAGAACAUGACAACACAUUUGCUGUGUUUCCACGUGCACUCGAGCUCAAGGAAAAUGACACAAGUAAUGUGAUGGUGUGGGCAAACCCUUCAAAAAAUGGUCUUCAAGAAAACUCUUUAAUCUGCUGUAUCAGGGAUAAUCCCGAACCAGUAGAAUUUCGGAUCAAUUGUUAUGGUUGUAUACCAGAACUGAAGCUUCAUGGUCCAUGGGAACAAUCUGUAGCGACAAUUACAGCAGAAGAAAAGACUCAGACACGUGACCUUCGAAAAAAAAAUGUUUCUACAUUGGAUAGACCCAUUCAAAGAAAUAUUGGUAUGCCACCCGUAAAAAAGCCAUCCAUGUCAAUUUUUUCGCCACAGCAACCGAUUUUGAAUUUUAACAAACUUCUGCCAAACCGUAAGAAUAAAAAAACAUUUUAUAUCGAGAACGUCACGCCGAUUGACGUCUUGUGGCGACUGAGCAGCGAUAAUUUACCGACUGAAUUUCAGAUUUCGCCCACAGAGGGUACUCUCAAUCCCUUACAAAAAGUUCCCGUACUCGUAGUUCUUUCCGCUAAAGAAGAGACGAUUUAUGACCAUUCACUACAAAUUGUGUGCUCGGAUGUUUCCACUGCUCUACAAGUGAGCGACCAAAAUCAAAUGGUGACACUCAUAUUACGAGGAGAAGCUCAACGGAUUCAGGUCGAUUCUUUUGACAACAAAGGUAAUGAAAUUUUCAAUCAAGAAACCACGGAAUUUGCAAACACAGCGAAUGGUGACGGAAGCCUAAAACUUGAAAUGGUUUGA